GCACCGAUUGACGUCACCGACAGGCGGCCAAGAUGGUUGCCAAUGUUGAUAAGUGGUUUGAUUACACGGCGGAGCGGUAACGAUAAACGCCCGGACAGGGGUAUCAAGCGUGGUCGACGUUAUGCUCGUGAAGUGAAAUUCCGUACCGAUGAGAAUCCGCGCGUUGGGUUGGCCGUCGCGCGAGGAAUGGCAGCCUAUGGAGAUGUGGAGAAAGUACGACGUACUAUGGACGUCGCGCAGACCAUGAUCAAUUUCACCGCCGAUCAACUCGACGAUUUGCGGACACAGUGCUCCGUUGCCGCGGAGGUCACCCAGCAAGAGAUACGGAGGCUGGAGGUGAGGGGGCCCCUCGAAAAUCGAAGCCCGGCCGUACCUCGCGCGCGAAUGUCAGGACCGGGUCUGCCCGUCGACGUCUGAUCAUCGCGGGCCCCCGGCGUCUCCGUUGAUCGUCAACGAGUUGCAACUAUGCUGCUUCGGCGUCGUUUAGAACCUCGAGAAUCUCUGGACCUCCGUCACGUCGGCAGGAACGCCGACAAAUCUCGCUCCCCCACCGUGCCCCGCGAUACAGCAGCGUCAGCUGUUUAUAUUUGUUUACAUUGUUCUUGAGAAUAUCUUCCUGCCGUUUCCAAUCUGUGAAUGAGAAAUUUGUGAUAUCACUUCAUUAAAAGACACAGAUAAUAUCGCUUAGAACUUAUUUGCAAUUUUUGGAAUUAUAUUUAUGAUCGUAACUCCAAAAUCACUCGAGAUUUUUUAUGGGGAAAUUAAUAAAAUUGUACUCCAAACAACUUGCGGCAAAGUCUAAAUUGGUCAAUCCAUUACCACCAGACAUGAUAGAAUAUCCAUCGUUACAACUAUGGUUGCGGGUAGUCGGUCUCACCCAGGACUCAAUUGAGUUGGUUUGUUCUCAAGUUAAUACUCUUGAGGAUCUGAGAGAGAAGUCUGAAGAUGAAUUAAACAGUAUGUUAGAUGAACAUGAUACAUACUACAAGGAAGAAUGUCGUAGGCUUUGUAAAGCAUUGGAAAAUUUAUGGCGAUAUACGGAUGUUCUGAUAAAUGGAGGUAUGGAGAAUAAUGAUUUGGACUUAUACUGGGAUUCUUGGGACAGUUAUCAUUUGCGCAAGGAACUUUCUAAGCCAGAUUUAUCUACUGCUGCAGAGUGUUCCAUUCCAUCAGAGAAUAGCAUUCCAUAUCAUAAUAACAACAAUGAUCCAUUAUCACCAGCUUCCGCAUCUUUUAAUGAAAUUGAAGUGAUAUUAAAUGAUCCUCCUUAUAGCCCUUUAUUACCAAAACAAGAAUGCGAAGUUAAAUCUGUAGAAGUUAAAUCUCCAUCAACUCCUCCUCCACGUAAAAAACAUCUGAUUUUACAAAAUAGCGCAUUGCAAUCUGAAGUGCUUCCGUUAGUUAAGUCAAAAUCACAUGAAUCACAAUUGAUAAGUCGUCCUGAUAAUAUACAACUUGAUAAUGAUGAUACAUUAUUUAGUUUUAGAAUUAAUUCUUCUACAGAGAAAAAAAGUGAUUCUCUUGUAAAAAAGGAUCUACCGCCAGAACAAAGUUUAGAUUGUAGUGCAACAGACUCUGGAAAAGAAGAAAGUUUUUUGUCCAAUAGUAAUAGUCCCAUUAAAUCACCUAUUAAGUCAGCAGUCAUAUCGCCUAUUAAAUCUCCUUUAAAAUCUCCUUUAAAAUCUCCUCUAAAAUCUCCUCUAAAAUCACCUCUCAAAUCACCAAUUAAAUCGCCUGUUAAAUCGCCUAUAAAAUCCCCGGUAAAAUCCCCUGUAAAAUUCCCUGGUAAAUCACCCGUUAAAACAUCUGUUAAAUUUUUUAAAUCACUACCACCACCACCAAUCUGUACCGCAAAUAUAGCAGGAAGUGAUGCCAGCCAUGCGAGAUCAGAACCAAAUCUCCAAGUGCCAAAAUCUCCAUCUACUCCUACUGUGACUCGCGGCAUAGGUCAUGCAAUUGCUCAUCGUUUUACCAGAUCUUUUAACGUGAUGACAGAUUGUGACUAUUGUGAGAAACCAAUGUUUAUGAACGUUUUAAAAUGCAAGGAGUGUAAAUAUCGAUGCCACCGAGAAUGUGCAACCAAAGUAGCCCUUUGUUGUGGCCUACCUCAUCAACUCUUUGCUGAGUUUCAACGAACUAUACAAUCUGAGAAUUCAUUGAAUGUUUCCCCAGUAUUGAAGAGGCCUGGCACAUCGUAUGUGGCAUCUUUGAAUAAUAUAGAUUUAUUACCUUCUUUAAGUCGCAGAGACAGAAGACGGUCAUAUACACAAUCUUCUAUGAAUAUACCUUUUCACGGUGAGUCUAGUUUAAAUUCAUUGAGUUGUAACCGCUCAACACCUUCUAGUCCAGCAUUGCUAUCAGCCAGUAUUAGCCACAGUACACAUUCGUUUCUAAAACAGUUUCAUUUUCCAGAUGUCCUGAUUAAAAAAGAGGCAUUAUCUGAACUGCUUGACAAGAAAUAUAGAUCUGAAUCAGCAAUUGUGAAUGAAAAGAGAAGAAAAAGUGAUAUACAAGAUGAUAAACAAGAAGAUGAAAGUGUUUUGAAAAAUAAUAUCGCAGAAUCAGGGGUGCAAAAGAGAAUUGAUUCCCAGGAAUCUCUAAGUUCUGACAGCGAAAUCGCUGUAGAUGCAUGCCAUCGGCCUCGACAAAAUAGUAUAAUGAUGCAAGAAUGGGAUAUUUUAUAUGAUGAAUUAAAAAUUAGAACUAUAAUUGGAAAAGGAAGAUUUGCUUCAGUAUAUAGAGGGUAUUGGCAUGGAGAUGUUGCAAUUAAAAUUUUAAAUAUGAAUUAUUACUCGGAAGAUGAGAAGACAUUAGAAACAUUCAGAGUAGAGGUAGCUACAUUCCGAAUAACACGACACGACAAUCUAAUAUUAUUUUUGGGUGUUUGUACAAAGCCUCCUCAACUGGCUCUAGUGACUAGUUUGUCUAGAGGCAUAUCACUUUAUACUUGUCUUCAUUUACGAAAAGACAGAUUUACUUUGGCUCAACUUAAUUCUAUAGCUCAACAGAUUUGUCAGGGUAUGAAAUAUCUCCAUUCUCGUGACAUAAUACACAAGGAUCUUAGAAGCAGAAACGUAUUUGUAGAAAAUGGAAAAAUUUUGAUAUCAGAUUUCGGUCUGUUUAAUAUUACCAAAUUGUGCCAUGGAAAUAGGAAAGGAGAAGCAUUGCAUAUCCCUCCGGGUUGGUUAUGUUACUUAUCACCAGAAAUUGUUCGACGACUAAAACCACUAAAUCGAGGUCAGGAUAAGUUACCAUAUUCAGUUGCUUCUGAUAUUUAUGCAUUUGGGACUGUCUGGUAUGAAUUAUUAUGUGGUGAGUGGCCCUUUAGAGGUCAACCCACCGAAGCUAUUAUUUGGCAAGUUGGAAAAGGAAUGAAACAAUCUUUAGCCUAUUUGCAAGCUUCCCGUGAUGUAAAGGAUGUUUUAAUGUAUUGUUGGUCAUAUAAUCCAAGAAACCGUGUUGACUUUAUGGAGAUAAUAACUCUACUCAAAAAGCUGCCUCGCAAAAAGUUAGCGCGUAGUUCCUCCAAUCCUACAAAUUGUUCUCGUUCUGCAGAAUCCAUGUUUUGAACAUAUUUAUUUAAAUAUACUGUUGUUCUUAUAAUGUAAAUAAAGGAUUAUUGACCGAUCUUUGUUCAGAAGAAGCAAAAUAAAAAUUACUAAAAGAUUCGCGCUUGUUUGUACUAUUAAUUUAUUAAAAUGUGCAAAAAAGCAUUUUAAUACAAUAAUUGUAAAAAUGUUAAAUUGUUGCGAAUUAAAUACAUAUCUUUUUUGUGAAUAAAAUCAUAAUACUAAAGUCUCUUUAAGAAGAGAUAUGUAUAUAUUUGUGGCUUAUAUUUAUUAAAUAUAUGUAAAUAUCUUUUGUAUUAUAUAAAAUCUACAAACAUCUGUAAAUAAGUAAUAUAUAUAUAUAUAUUUUUCAAAA